AUGUGGACCAAGGACAAUUACACUGCCAGGCAGGGGGCAACAAUUGUUGUCAUACCUAAAGUCAUAGGAGCCAAACCUGCCAACAAGUGGCUCGCCUUAGCCAUAGCCCGCACCAAGAUGCAACAUCUCCACACCCUCACACAGGAGGAGCACCUUGCUGAGCCAGUCUUCAUCUUCCCCAAGUUCAAGGACCAUGGGUUCAACCACAUGCUGGAGAGACUAGCUGCCUGCCCUGCUGGACACACAACAGUCUUCAUCUACAACCUCAAGGCCGACACCAUGCAAUCCAUCUACAUCAGCUCCAACCAGCCCGCUACCUAA